CGGAGGAGAUGGAUUCUUUUGAAUAGACCACACUCGCCCAGAUAUAUUCGGAUCGCCUCAAAAUCCAAAACACAAGAAAAGCAGAGAGCAGCAUUUCGUAUCUUCACAGGGAUGCCCAAAUUUAACAUCGUCUGAGAAUCGAAAUGUCCACCGCCGAACUCCUUCAUAUCGAUCCUUUAGAUCUCAAGUUUCCAUUUGAGCUCAAGAAGCAGAUCUCUUGCUCGAUUCAGUUAUCAAAUAUAAGUCAAACUCAUGUCGCUUUCAAGGUCAAGACGACUAAUCCAAAAAAGUACUGCGUUCGCCCCAAUACGGGCGUUAUUUUUCCUCGAUCCACUUGUGAUGUUGUAGUAACAAUGCAGGCACAAAAGGAGAUGCCUGCUGAGAUGCAAUGUAAGGACAAGUUUUUACUUCAGAGUGUAGUUGCAAGUCCUGCGACAAAUCCAAAAGAUGUUACUUCUGACAUGUUCAACAAGGAAGCAGGGAAGUUAGUGGAAGAGUGCAAGUUGAAAGUCGUAUAUGUGUCUCCGCCUCAGCCACCGUCACCAGUUGCAGAGGGUUCAGAGGAAGGUCUAUCACAAAGUCCAACCUUGACAGAGAACGGCAAUGCAAACUGUUUCGAGGCGUCAAGAUCUUUUAGCGAUUCAUUUGACAAAUCUUCUGAGACAAAAUCACUUAUUUCAAAACUGACUGAGGAAAAGGUUGCUGCAGAUCAACGAAACAACAGGCUUCGUCAAGAACUGGAGCUCUUGAAGUGUGACACCCACACAAGUCAUAGAGGUGGUGUCUCAUUUAUAUUUGUCAUCACUGUUGGCUUGCUUGGUGUGAUCUUGGGUUACAUUGCGAAGAAAUGAAGGCGCACUUAUUUUAGGACACAUCUUUCUGUUUCUAACUUCCCUCCACGGAAAUCCCAACAUUUCCCUCCAUGGAAAUCCCAACUAUGGGGGGUGGCAUGGAAAGAAAUUUUGAAACCGUUAGCUCAACAAAACUCAUCUCACAUUGGUGGUGGUUUUGGAGAUUUUUUAGCUCAGCUAUUUGUUUGUUCAUUGGUCUGGUCUCCCUCUGUUAACCCUUCCUUUUUAUGCAAGUCCCAACAAGCAUGCAAUAUAUUGUAAAGACUGCCCCAUUUUUUUCAUUCCAGCUGUUAUGCCUCAAAAUGAGACAACGAUCAUUACGUUUCCCCCCUGGCCCCUUUUUAUUAUUUUGUAAUUUUU